AAAUGGGGAAGUUAUGCAAACUUGUACUUUUCGUUAUGGUUCUGAUGGCAAUGCUACACAGUUCAUCAGGAGGAAAGAAGUUGCUUUGGAGCAAGAACACCCCUUCCAAGAAGCCAUCCGAUAAGCCAUCACAAGGGACCAAGACACAACUAAACUAUCCCAGGCAACCCUAUUAUCCUGGUGCAGGAAGUAAGCCAGGCAACACUAAACAGCAAUAUCCUGGUAGAGGCAGCUCUAGUCCGGGAGCAGGCAGCCAUCCAGCUGGUGGCAGCAAUCCUUCGGCUGGUGGCAACCCAAAUCAGUAUCCUGGAAGAGGGGGAUCCAACCCAGGAGGAUAUCCCAACCAGAAUCAUGGAGCAGGUGCCUAUCCAGCUGGUGGCACCUAUUCUUCGGCUAGUGGCAACACAAAUCAGUAUCCUGGAAGAGGGGGAUCCAACCCAGGAGGAUAUCCCAACCAGAAUCCUGGAGCAGGUGCCUAUCCAGCUGGUGGCAGCCACCCUUCGGCUGGUGGCAACCCCAAUCAGUAUCCAGGAAGAGGGGGAUCCAACACAGGAGAAUAUCCCAACCAGAAUCCUGGAGCAGGUAGUUAUCCUGCUGGUGGCACCUAUCCUUCGGCUGGUGGCAACCCCAAUCAGUAUCCGGGAAGAGGGGGAUCCAACACAGGAGGAUAUCCCAACCAGAAUCCUGGAGCAGGUAGCUAUCCUGCUGGUGGCAGCUAUCCUUCGGCUGGUGGCAACCCCAAUCAGUAUCCGGGAAGAGGGGGAUCCAACACAGGAGGAUAUCCCAACCAGAAUCCUGGAGUAGGUAGCUAUCCUGCUGGUGGCAACCCCAAUCAGUAUCCAGGAAGAGGGGGAUCCAACACAGGAGGAUAUCCCAACCAGAAUCCUGCAGGAGGGGGUUACUCUAAUCAGUAUCCAGGUAGAAGUGGGUACAGCCCUGGUGUGUAUCCAGCAGGUGGAUCUUACCCAGUAAGAACUGCAGGACAGCCUGUAGGAUACCCAGGAGGACACCCUUCCAUUGGAGGGGUAUAUCCCAACUGGAACCCCAACAAUAAGAUUCUCAGUCCACGCUAUGGAGGCUCAUUUGGAGGUGGUAGAUUUGACAAUGGUGGCUCCCCUUUCUCCAAUACAGCGAAAAGCAUGGGCUUUGGUUCUUCUCUUAAAUCCAAAGGCUUCGCAAAAAAGGCAAUACUAGCUGCAGGCGUUGGGGCAAUGGCAGGAAUGGCUGUAGGCUAUGGAAUUGGAAACUUUCCACGCCCCAACUUCCAAUUCAAUAGCCCUCAUGAGGAUCGUCAAUACAACCACUAUAUGUACGAACGUCAGGGCAUUCAUUCUAAAGGCAGAAAUAACCAAGUAGGACCAAACUACACAUCAAAGCAACCACCCCAGUCAUAUGAGCAAUUAAUGAGCACAUGCAUGAAGCGAAAUGAUCUUCUAAAAGAGCAGGACACUACAGAUUCUGCGGAUCACAAGAACAUUCAAAGAGAUGAGCCACUGACUGAUUAUGCAGCUAUGAAUAUAGACUACUUAGAGAAAGCUGGGCUGGAGAAGAAUGACACCACAUCCCCUACAACUGUCAAUAAUUAUCCAGAGGCUGCUGUUAUUAGUGAGAAUGAUGAUGACACAGUGAGUAUCAUACAGAUUGGUUAUCCAGCUCUCAUUGAGCAGAUGAAAGCUCGAAAGUGUGUUGAGUUGUACUUGGGUUACUCUGAGAGCUUAAUGGAGAAGCAGAAAGACGAUAAGAAGGACACAAAUGAAAGAAAAGUUUCCAGUCCUUCCAAUAACCAUAAUGGACACCGUGUCUCUGAAGUGCUUCUGAUACUCACUGCUUUCUUUAUGCUUUUUAGUAGCACUUAGUAGAGCUGCCAACAUUGACUAUAUACAAAGGAAUACAAUUGCCCAUCCUUUCUAAAUCUAGGAAUCCAAAGGUGAAGUUACAUUUUAAAUGUUGUGUAUAGGUCUUGACUGAAGUUUCUCUUAUAUGCUAAAAAUGUAAAAAAUAAUAAUAUAUAAAUAAAUAAAUUUCCUCACUGGCUAUUUAAACAUACAGUACACGGCAAAUGUAUUGCAUACAUUUUAUGAAUGUAUUUUGUUAAAUUACAAAACUAUUGUUAUUAUUAUUCCUGGGAAAUAAAAUGUUAACCAAUGUAUUUAUUCAUAUGAAUUUAAUGUUAUGGAUCUAUUUAAUCACAGUAACCAUUUAUAUUAUUUACAAAAACAUCAUAAUCAUCAUCAUCUACAACAGCAACCACCACCAUCAUAAACAAU